ACCUUCUGGUCUUCAGGAACUUCAGCAUGUAGCCACGCUAUAGGGACCUCAGUGCACCCCUCUUCACAGCACAAAUAAAUACGUUUGGAAAUGGAGGUGGAGGAGGCAUACGAGAAAGGAGAGAAUACCCAGGGGAAAAUGACUCGAGCUGAAGCUGCAAAAUUAGUGAAAAAGAACUUUCUGGAAGCCCUGAAGUCCAAUGACUAUGAAACACUGGAAGAGCUCUUGAACCAAAAGAAAAUAGACGUGGACACGGUGUUCGAAGUGGAAGAUGAGAAUCUGAUUCUGGCAUCCUACAAACAAGGAUACUGGCUGCCUAGUUACAAAUUAAAAAUAUCCUGGGCAACUGGACUUCAUCUGGCUGUCAUGUAUGGGCAUCUGGAGAGUCUUUCAGUCCUGCUCAAUCACAAAGCUACGAUCAACUGCCGGCCCAACGGGAAAGCCGCAAUCCACAUAGCGUGUGAAACGGCAAAUGUUGAGUGUCUCAAGAUCCUCUGCAACCAUGGAGCUAAGCUGAACUGCUUUUCAAUGAGCGGGCAGGCGCCCUUGCACUUCUGUACGACACUAACCUCCAUUCCUUGUGCCCAGCAGCUGAUUUGGAGAGGAGCCAACGUGAACAUAAAAACCAACAACCAAGAUGAGGAAACCCCUCUGCACACUGUGGCUCGUUUGGGUGUCCCCGAGCUCGUGGCUUUCUAUGUGGAACAAGGGGCGCAGGUUGAUGCUCUCAAUGCCCACAUGGAGACCCCCCUGGCUUGUGCGGCCUACUGGGCCCUCCACUACAAGGACCAGACAUACAGCCCCGACCACCACCUCAUCUGCCGGAUGCUCUUAGACUAUAAAGCUGAAGUGAAUACUCGUGACGAGGACUUCAAAUCCCCGCUCCACAAAGCUGCCUGGAACUGUGAUCAUGUACUGCUUCACAUGCUGCUGGAGGCAGGAGCAGAAGCUAACAUCAUGGAUGUCAAUGGCUGUGCACCCCUACAGUAUAUCAUAAAAGUGACAUCUGUGAGGCCAGCUGCCCAGCCUGACGUCUGCUACCAGCUGCUACUGAAUCACGGAGCGGCCAGGAUAUAUCCCCUGCAGUUCCACAAGGUGCUACAGGCCUGUCAUUCCUACCCCAGGGCUGUGGAGGUGGUCGUUAACACCUAUGAACACAUCAAAUCAACGUCGAAGUGGAAAGCAGCCAUACCUGAAGAUGUCUUUGAGCGGCACCAGGAUUUCUACGACUCCUUAUUCAGUGUGUGCAGCAAUUCACCACGGUCCCUCAUGCACUUAUGCAGAUGUGCUAUUCGGAUGACAUUGUCAGAACGAUGCCACCGAGGCGUCCCUUUGCUCUCCAUCCCACCAUCCAUGAAGAAGUACUUGCUGCUGGAACCAGAAGGAAUAAUCUACUGAGCCAGUGCCGUGCUGCUGCCUGCACCUUCAUGGAGUUGCAGGCCCUGUGCUCACGCAGACCUUCACUUCUGUGUGGCCUGAGGGCUGGCUGGCACUCACUGGCCCUCCUCAGAGGCUCCUUGGGGAAGCAGAGCUGGAAAGGCACCUCCAGAUGAACACAUCCCUGGAUGCUUUGUUCAGCCUAGCGUAAACAGCCCAAGCAACAAUGCUUUCAUUUCUAUCGGUAUUUAUUCCACUGUCUGAUAUUGUUAGAAUCAACCUGAGCAGCCCUUAGUACUGUUUCACUGCGGUUUUCUUUAGCUGUCAUUUUAGGAGUAAGAGAAAGGAUACUAUCAAAAAGUAGUAUGUUUAUUAGUCAUAGGAAUGCUUUCCCAGAACGAAGUGGGCAAACUGAUUUGUAUCAUGACCACAGUCAGGAUUGCAGUAGUUUGCUAUGGAUCAGUACUGAGUUUGGGAUUCAUUCAUUGUUCACUACACCUGUCUGUACCUUAUAAAGCUUUGUCACAAUGCUA